CAGGCCGUGCAGGAGGUUGGAUUGAAUUCUCAUGUGUCUGUUUCUCCUGUUUUUGUGUCGUUCUGGGUUUUGCACUGAGGUGCAUCAAACCUGAAUGGUGCAGAGAGGUUACAGGAAUACAAACUUCAGGCUGUUGUGGUAUCCAGCAGAUACCACAGAGGUGCAAGAAUAGAGUGUUUCCCAGGCUUUGUGAAUUGUUUUUGUCUCCCUUCUCAGGUUUAAUUUAUUGCCUCUGUGAAGAGAGAGGACUUGAUGAUCCCAGAGGUCUUUUCCAACCUAAACAAUUCUGUGAUUCCAAGGCUAGUUCUAGGAGCCUGAAAAACCCCAAAGUGCCAAAUAAUUUUGUUUAGAAGACUGUGCUGCAUUAAGCAAUGGUGGUGGGGCCCUUGUGCUAAGCCAUGGCCACUCACACACCUCCUGAAAUGCUUGGGCUCACAAAUCACCUCAAUCUUCCUUGUGUUUCUGUUUUUGCAGAGCUGACCCUGAACCCACCAGAAGGGAUUGUGGCAGGUCCCAUGAAUGAAGAGAACUUCUUUGAAUGGGAAGCCCUGAUCAUGGGUCCUGAAGACACCUGUUUUGAGUAUGGGGUUUUCCCUGCUAUCCUGAGUUUCCCGCUGGAUUACCCGCUGAGCCCUCCCAAGAUGAGGUUCACCUGUGAGAUGUUCCAUCCCAACAUUUACCCAGAUGGGAGAGUGUGCAUCUCCAUCCUUCACGCUCCUGGGGAUGACCCCAUGGGCUACGAGAGCAGCGCGGAGCGGUGGAGCCCCGUGCAGAGCGUGGAGAAGAUCCUCUUGUCUGUUGUCAGCAUGCUGGCAGAGCCAAAUGAUGAAAGUGGAGCCAAUGUAGACGCCUCCAAGAUGUGGCGGGAAGACAGAGAACAAUUUAACAAAAUUGCCAAGCAGAUUGUGCAGAAGUCACUUGGACUUUAAGCUCACAGAGAGACUGAAGUGUUUUGUAUUUCUCUCCACCUGGAAAUGAGCAGUGCUCAGUGCUGGUACCAAAAAGGAAAACUUUGUAAAACUAUUGGCCUAGUUCUUAUAAUUCAUUAUUUAUUUGCCAUCUCUUUUCUUCCACUGCUCCAGAGAAGCCUCUAGUUCACUCACUAAAUCGUGUGGAAAAGGGAUUUAAUAGUAGAGAAAAAUACAGAGACAAUGCUGUUUCAAAGGCUGCUUGUUUCUACCUUCCUUUGUGCUGUGGAAAGCCUGGAGAUUUGGCAAUCUGCAGCCCUCCCUCACCCAUCUGCUGUUGGAGAGCAGUGCUGGUUUGGAUCAUCUGCUGGCAGAAUUAGUUGUGUUUUUAUAGGUAGCAUUGCAUCUGGAGCAGCAGUAGACAGGAAUUACUCUAUCCACUCUGUACUUGUUAGGUUAAGGGCAGCAGUUGCAGUCAGAGUGCAAGAGUAUAUUUGAAGAGUAUAGUUAGCAGGAGAGGCUGUAAAGCAGGGCUGUAGUCAAGGUGUGUUAGCAAAGAAAGGAACUUUAGGGAGUGAGCUGUGAGGGCUGGCUGGGGGUCUGGAAUGGCCUGGUGUUCCCAUGUACCACUGUGAGUUUGUACUGAGCUUUUGAGUCACUGUUGGCUUGGCAGAAAUCCCAAGAGCUGCUUUAUUAGUCCUGGAGGACACUCAGUUGUAAACCUCACACUCAGAGGCACAAGGUGUGAAGGCUGCAUUGUGCAAGGUCACCUGGGUGAGCUAGGUCGUUGGCAGCUGGAAAAUCCAGUGAGGAUGUUUUUGCUGUGCUGGGCAUGUUCACAGCUCUGCAAGAAUAUCAGCUCGCUCUGGUGACAUGUGAGUGUUGAGAGGAUUUGGCACUGCUUUGCCAUCACACCUGUCACCCAUUUUCAGGUGAAUGAGCCAAGGUGAGCAUGAUGGACUUAAAAAAAUGACCUGUGACACUCUACACUGAGUGCUGUUGUGUAUUAAACAGGAGCCAGAGAGGAUGGGCCGUUUGCUCAGUGAUGGCACUAGGUGUGCUUUGGACAUUUGCAGUGUUGGAGCCAGUGUGCAGGGUGCAGGAAAUACCAGCUGGUCAGUUCCUAAAACAGCUGAGGAGCCUCUGCUGACCUUUCUGCUUUGCAAGCCAAUCUCAUGUGUAAGUCCAAAUUUCUCCAAUUUACUACAAGCAAUAACAUGCCCAUUGAUAGCACAUGGAAUCCAAUUUUGUUGGCAGCUUUAAAUGGGCUAAAUUUGACAAGGGCUGGUUUUUUGUUUUAUUUUUUAAAUGUGAAAAAGUGUGAUGUGGAAGGAGUCACACCAUGAAGAAAGCUUUACAGAGGUGAUCGUGUGCAUGUGUGCAGUACAACUGCUCAGCAUUUCUGUCUUGCUGUCUGUGCUGCAAAUCACACUUUGCCAUUGUUGGGCACCUCUGGAGAGCUGUAUUGCUACAACCUGCUGAUUUUACCUCCUUGUAGAAAUAAUUGUGGCUUUGAUGUCAGGGUGGAAGUGGGACUGGACAUAGGUUGGGAGCAGAGAUGAUGAAAUAGUGUUGUACCUAACUAGUAUUUCAAGGCAUACAGGAAAAUGUAGCACUUUAUGCAAACUGGGAGUGUUUUCUGGAGUAGAGGGAAGAUUGUUCCUGGGAGUACUGCAGCCACCUUUGGGAACAACCCUGGAGAGCUGCAGGAGCCACUGCAGAAACACAGACAAGGCAAAAGUGGGGUUUGCUUAAGUGCUGAGUGUUUUUUUUUUCAUGUGUGCUUGCUCAUUAUCUUGAUUUUAUGGUGGGAUUUAGUCUGUAUACUGAAAAUAAAGUGCUUAUAUUUUCUCCUUUUAAAAUGUAUUGCAGUGGGUGUUGUGUAUGAGUAACCACACAGCCAAGAGACCUGCUCCAAAGGGGUGGAAGGGUUCAUUCUAACCCAGCUAAAACAUGGCAUACUUUAGCAGUGAAAGAGCUGACAUGAUUGCAUGGACUUUCCAGGCAAAUGUCUUGUCUCUAGUGCUGGCAGUGGCUGGGUAAUUAAAAGAAAACAAUAAAAAUCUGACAGUGGGCAGAUGUGGAGUAUUUUAUGUCAUUAUAUCCAUGUGUCUGGCCUAGGAAGUUCUUGUGAACAUACAACAGGUGAAUUCAUUCAGAAAGUGCUGGUAUCAGCACUUGGAUUUGAGGAGGACACGUAGAUCACAGAAUCACUGAAUGGUUUGGAUGGGAACAGACCCUAAAGACCAUCUAGUUCCAGCCCCCUGCCACAAACAGGGAUAAUUUCUACUCAAGCAGGUUUCUCAGAUGCCCAGUUCCUUUUCAGAGUCCCCACAGUCCUCAAAUCUUUGUUCAAAAGCAGAAAACCGUUAUUUUUAAGUGACUGGCAUGCAGUGGGCUUGCUGAUGGGCAUUUGAAGCCACCCAGUGACCAUAUCUACCUCUCAGUCUUAAAGGUGACAAAAUGUGGGCAGAAGUUCACCUCAGAGCCCUGAAACUUGGUGUUGAGGUGAGAACUGUCCUACCUGGUGGCUGUUUACUCAGCUGAAGGCAGAGGGUGAGCAUUUGUGCUUUUCAAAAGAAAUUUGUUGCUCAUUGUUAUAAUUUAGGAAGGAAUUCCUCCCUGUGAAGGAAGUGAGGCCCUGGCACAGGCUGGAAAUGUCCAAGGCCAGAGCUUAGAGCAACCUGGGCUAGUGGAAAGUGUCCCUGCCCAUGGCAGGGGAUGGAAUGGGAUGAGCUUUAAGGUCCCUUCCAACCCACACCAUUCUGGAACUCUAUGGAAGGUUUAAAGGUUGGAUUCCCUAUUUGCCAAAAAACCUUAAAACUUCAUUAUUCUGCAACAAACUGAAUCCUUGCAUAAAGCAGGAGGCUUCAGCUCCUGCAGGUGGGGAACACCUGAAGGUUAAAGCUUGUAAAGCUGCUGUGUAGCUCCUGGGAUAGACUUCCCUGAAAGACUUAAUUGUGUCCCUGAAUGAGCACUCAUGUUGGCAGGAUGUGCAGUAGUGGCCAGUAGCAAUGUUUUUCUGGGCAGUUGUCUUUUUUCAGCCUGAAACACUUACUAUAAAACAUGUUCCUCGGGGAGUG